AAAUAAAUAAAUAACACAAGCGAAUGUCACUACAGGCUGUAAAUCAUUUGGGCUAAUUUGAAACGGGACCUCAAACAGUCCGAGUACCUACAGCAAAAGGCAAAACCAGAACUAAUCUCAUAAAGGGCGCCGGAUCUCUCAAAAGGAUUUAACAAGCAACAAUCUCAUUAUAUUUUUAUACUUCAUAGUCGGACGUAAAGUGCGAUCAGAACGCGAGAGUCGAGACCCUACAAAAGGUAAUUAUGUUUUGAUUCCAACAAAAAAAAUAUCAACUCACAAAGGAUACUAACGAGAUAAGAGCGUGCUAAAUCGCUCCUACCGCGAUCAAUUCGGUAACGGACGGACGAUUGGUUGAGAGAGAUGUUUGUAGUUCUGGUGGGGCUGGUGAAGGCACGCCUCCGACCUACGCCGCCGAGACCCCUUCCUCCACGAGCCAGUCAACCGUCGACCGCGUCCGCAUGCGUACAUCGCACGAGCCAGUUAUGUGAAUGGGACCGAUCGUUCAAUGUUAAAGAAACAAAGAUUCGAGGAUACAGAAGUUAAUAUGGCGAUACAGAGCGUAUCCAAGUAUCAGAGCAGUGCCGUCGAAGCCACAGAGCCUCCGAAGGCUUCGAGGAUAAGUUUCAGCGUAGCAUCGAUAUUGGCUGACACGAAACAGAAUGAAACCGCCGAGAUGUUGAGACAUCAUCUGACGAUAUCGGAAUCUCCGCUACGACAGUCCCCUGCUUCUCAACCGGAACUGCCUGGGGGGAAAUCUCUGUCGCGACCGGCUUCCGCGACGCCGCCGCUCAAUCUGAACGUAACCGCGUCCUCGGACGAAGAGUACGAAGAUUCCGUGAAAGAGGACUCGAUAGUGGAUGUCGAAGAUUUACAGAACAGUCUUCAGAGUGACGAUGAUGAGAGAGUGGAUAAGGAGCGGAUGGGUCCAAUACGCCCGACGCCGUUCAGCGCGUUGGCGGCGGCGGCGGCGGCCUACCACAGCCUCACCUGGCCGGCACCACCCUCAGUGGUGCCAACCUUCGGACCGAUGUUCCAAUCACACUUCCCUGUCGGACACAUUACCGAUGCAAACGGAGAGCCGCCCAAGUUGAAGUGCAAUUUGCGUAAGCACAAGCCGAAUCGCAAGCCGCGGACACCGUUCACAGCACAACAAUUACGUGCUCUGGAGAGCAAGUUUGUGGAUAAGCAAUAUCUGAGCAUUGCUGAGCGAGCGGAAUUCUCUUCGUCACUCGGCCUGUCAGAGACUCAGGUAAAAAUCUGGUUCCAGAAUCGUAGGGCGAAAGCAAAACGUGUUCAGGAAGCUGAGAUAGAAAAGUUGAAAAUGGCACAGUUUGCUCGUCAUCCGCAUCACAUGUACACGCAUCCCUUACAGCAGUACUUCCCCCAUCACCUCAUGGGUAGACCCUUGCCGCCAAUGAUGCCGCACUUGACCAUGCAAUCACCAGGAUCCCCAUCACCAAACACACAGACAAACGGACAGUGAAUAUUAUAUAUAUAAGAACAAUAGGAUUGCAAAAUCCCCUCCUAAAGACCUUAUCCAAAACACUUAAUUUAAUUUCUAAUAAUUGGAAUUAAACUAUUUUCCUUUAAUAUUAUAACUAGAUUAUUAAUUGUAUUUAAUAUUGUUUAUUGUAAAUAUAGCGUAAGUCUAUUGAUUACGAAGUUGUAUUAUUUUAUAAAAUAUUCUGAUAUAUAUUACCAAACAAUUGUAUAUUAAAAAUUUUAUUGUUUUUUUUUAGUACAAAAAUUAUAAUAAAACAUCCGACGUCUAGCAUCCUAAAUUGUAAAUAAACAUUAUUUUAUUUGUAAAUUGACAUUUGUAUUUCUAGUGAACAUAUUAAAAUGUGGAGACUUAAA